AGAUCGAAUUAGAUAAUCCGAUUAGGAUGCGCCUGCUUAAACCCUUUAAUCGUAACCCGUGCGAAUUCAAUCUCUUAGAUUUGACCAAGUAGAGAAAAUACACCUGGUCUAGGCUCUUCGAUAGUAGUCAAAAUAAUCCAAUCAAUCAAACACGACACGUACAUAUAACAUUAAAAAAGUGGAUAUUUUUGAAAUUUAAAGUCUACGAACACAGGAUAUGGAAAAUUUUAAUAUUGUAAUGGAGGAGAUCGGUUUUGGAAGGGUCCAUCUGUUUGCCACAAUUACUCUCGGCCUCGUGCAAAUGCUGACCAUCCACGAAACCAUGGGUAUGGCUGUCAUUGGUCCGGCAGCUGUAUGCGAUCUGAGAAUGAAUCAGCGGCAGUUAGCUACGCUUUUCGCGGCCGGCUUUAUGGGCAUUAUAUGCUCCUCCUACUUCUGGGGCUACAUCACCGACAAGAAGGGUCGGCGCUGGACCCUUUUGCGAACGAUUGUUCUAAGCAAUUUGUGUUCAGUUGCUUCCAUGUUUACAUUCAGCUUCAUUGGCUUCUUUGUAAUGCGCUUCGUCACGUGUAUUUUUGUGGCCGGACCAAGUUUCGUGGCAGCUACCUAUUUGAGUGAGUUCUGCUCGCAUCGGAUCUUGGUACGUACAAUCACUCACAUGUACAUGUUCACCGGCUUUGCCAUUGUGUCAGUACCAGCGUGGGGGAUGCUAUUCAUGUCGAACUUAUUGGAUUUUGAGGUGGAGUUGGGGGACUCAAAGACGUUGAGACCAUGGCGCGCAUUGGGCUGUGUAUACAUUCUGCCGGGGGUUUUUGCUUUUUUCCUGCUGCUGCUCCUGCCGGAGAGUCCGAAAUUUCUGUUUAUGAUGGGCGAUACACAGAAGGGCUUCGAUACAAUGGAAUGGAUAUCACGUAAGAACACAGGGCACUCUUUGACCGAAAAACAGGUUGAACAUUUGCACGCAUACCAAGAAUAUGCUUAUGUUAGGCGACGAAAGGACGACCACAGCUUUCUACGUUCGAUGCUCGACGAUGCGAUGCCACUAGUUCGGAAGCCGUUUAUGGGCUACUUCCUUUGCGUCUGCCUGGUAAUGUUCAUACUAGGUCUAUUGGCCCACGGCUUAGGCAUUUGGUACUGUGCCAUGCGGAACCGCCUCUUUAUGCGGCAGGGAAACACGAAAGGCUGGACCUUCUGCUUUAAACUCUUUGUUCCCGAAUAUGGUCCGAUUAUGGAAAGUGAAGACGAUUUCGUUGCGGUAUGUAACGACACUGUCGAACGCUUUACCGACUCCUUCAUCUUGGGAUCUGUUUAUGUCGUGCUGCAUAAUAUUUGCUGGUUGUCGCUCUUCUGCGUACACAUGAAGGUGGUGUAUGUCAUCUCCCUGGUGGCCGCCUCUACGUUUGGAUUUUUGCUGAUCAUUGUCACCGAUAUAUGGAUGCAACUAUUUUCUUUGGUAUUCCUGCUCGCCAUUCCUGGAGUCUUAAUUGGUCUGCUCGGUGGAGCCUUAUUAGGUUUCGUUCCUACUUAUAUGCGAGCCAAGGCAUUGUGCAUUAGCCUAAUGUGGUGUCGAUGUGGAGCGGCCGUUGGAGCUAUCCUUGUCGGCGUCAACAUCCGUUUCAACUGCGAACUGUUCCUGAUGGCGAUCGCCGGACUACCUUUGAUUGCUGCUAGUAUGGAGGGAUAUUUGCCAUUGUAAUUUCAUAUUUCUGUACCCCAUUUUAAAUCUCGUAAUCGGUUUUAGGAGGCAGAAGAAAAAUUUUUAAUUUUUAUAA